ACAAAUAUUUUACCGGGGCACUUUCUUAGCAUCAUGCUUUCCUUGGGUUGAUGUCGGCCUGCUAUAGGUACUGCCCCCAUUCGCACAACAUUCCCAUGUGAAUAGGAAACCUAGCAAAGAUGGGACUGUAAUGCGAAUAGCAAAUAUUUGUCCAUGUGUAAUGGAUCCUUAAUAGAUCACAUUUUUGAACGAUUGAUCAUCUUUUCCACCAUAGAGCGCACUACAACAAAACAAAAACACCACCCAUUAUCGUGAUGGAUUUGAUGUGUCUCGUGCGACCCUUCAUACGGGUCGACAAACCAGGUCUCAUAUGCGGUGGUCGUUUCAACGAGAUGUCACGCCACAUGGACACCUUCUUCAGCGAAUUGGUGAACCUCGGCGUAAAGCUGCAUUUCUUCUGUGACGGCCCAGUUCGGAUGAUGAGCCCGGAGGCCUGGUGUAAAAGAGCGGACGACCGCUAUUGGGACAUGAUCGAGCUGAUGGACGCCAUCGACAAUGGAGAUGAUAUGGAGACCCUUAGCAGCGCAUAUAAACUGCCUUUUCACUACGUAUCUACGGUGGAACAAUCGGCAAUGAGACAUGGGGAAUAUCACUGGGCAACUGCCAGAGAAUGUGACCAGGAAAUGGCCGCAUUCGCGAACGAAACUGGAGCACUGGCCAUCAUGACGGACGACUCAGACAUGCUCAUCUAUGAAGGCUCGUGGCGAUUUUGGUGUGUCCAGGAACUGUCGGUCACGAAAUUUACUAUGAUGGAGUAUGACCGUGUAGCAUUGAGGGCACACCUUGGACUGGAUGCCGCCCAAAUGCCUUUGCUCGCAACACUAGUGGGAAACGAUUUGGUUGAUUCCAAAGCACUUGGAAACUUUCACCACCGUAUUGGCCGCCAUAGUAAUGGACACCGUGGAACGAACAAUAUCUCCAACGUAGCCAGGUUCAUAAGAGAGCACGCGGAUCUAACAGACGAACGAAUUCUCAUCGAAGCACUUGAAUUCUGCGUUAACAGACGGGUUCUCAUGGAACGUUUUCGAGAGAGUUUGGGAUGUUAUCGAAUGAACUAUCGAGCAUUCAACGAGAGAUACCAGCACGAUCCCAUCGAAUCGAUUUUAUUGUCGCGAAAAGUUUCGCUAUUUUACCAGAUGUGGCAUGUGAGUAACAUCGGAUGUCCCACCAACAUGAUCGAUCUCCGGGAGGAACUGCUCGGUCAGGCAGUUUUACGACUCAAGUUAUCUCUGAUUAUCCGUAUGGGAGGAGUCAUUCUUUACCAAAGGCAAAUGCAACGGCGAAUGGUCGAUUAUUCCGAGUGCCACAUCAUGACCAAGCUGCAACACACUGCAGAGUAUACAGUACAUCACUACAGUGUUGAAUUCCCGGAUCGCGUGCAGCCACCUUCUCUGGAGGAACUGCUUUCGAAUGAUCCAGUGUCACAACAAGACCUCCUGCAUGUUAAACAUAACCUACUGUCUUGGAUCGUUUCCGACCGUCUUGACCAUUCCCGCCUGGAAGCGGUCCCUCCCUCGUUGCAGACCACCGUACUCACCCUGUACUGCCUUGUGGAAAGACGCAUACUCAAGCUAUUCGAGGCCGAUCUGCUACUUCGGGUAGCAUACGAUGUGGCGUUCGACAGAUACGAGCCAGAAACGAUUCCCUAUCCACGAACUGUGGCCAGCCGGCCCUUCCGGGUUGCGUUCGUUUUCCAAGCGGUUUACAGUCUGAUUGCCGAGGCCUACAUCCUUGUUGGCUUAAGCAAUGAUCUCUUGAAAGCUCCACCGUUGUUUGAUGGAGUGCUCUUCCACAAUCGAUACGCCGAUUGGCAGAAUGGCCUGGAUCCGCUGCUCAUGGACGGAAUUGAGCAACUGCGAAUUUACUCAUCGAUUGCUGAACGUGAGGAAGCUUGAUAAAUAAGACCAGUGAAAGAAAUCACAUUUUAACUCGUGAAAACUGUUAUGUUCAUUUUAACCAUAUGAUAACGUUUAUGUAACAAUAAAGCAACUACUGAAUUUGAGAGAAAAGUCUUAUAUAAAUCUCGUUACCUACGACU